AUGGUACUACCGAUGGCCGCAGAAAAUCUAUCCGCAGCAAGUGUAACUGUGGAGCGAACUGAGCGAUUCAAGAACUCGUUGUUGGGAAAGCUUGGCCCAUCUCAACCUAUAAACGAAGCCGAAAUCACAUUUCUAUCUCUACAGCAAGUGACUCUAGACCGACGGGCGCUCAUGCAGAUGAAUCCGCUAAUACCAAGAUCAAAGUGGUGUUUCGAUGAGAUGAAGGAAAAACAUACAAGGAGCAUCGAGUUGGUCAAGCUGCAGGAUGCAGAUUGUCUGCGACAGAAGGAGUGUACGUGUGGAGCGUUGUCUUCAUCCAUAGAGAUUCGCUGGAAUAUCAAGUCGAGGGACUGGCCCAUGCAGUUCGGCGCGCUCAUGCACUAG